UCCUUUCUUUUUGUUGUUUGCUGUGGACGUGAGCGCGUGGCUCGGUGUGACUAAUUUUGUGCAAAAGUCGGAAGUCUCGAAUUUUCCUAGUUUUUCAGACCAAUAAAACAGCCGUAAACAUGAAAAUCUACAAGGAUAGCAUCACCGGUGACGAAAUGUUUGCCGAUACCUACAAAAUGAAAUUGGUGGAUGAAGUUAUUUACGAAGUUUACGGUAAACUAGUCACCCGUUCUCAAGGUGAAAUAAAUAUCGAUGGCUUCAACCCAUCGGCUGAAGAAGCCGAUGAGGGCACCGAUUCCGCCGUCGAAUCUGGCGUCGAUGUGGUCUUAAACCAUCGUCUCCAGGAGUGCUUCGCAUUCGGUGACAAAAAGUCGUUCACACUCUACCUCAAAGACUAUAUGAAGAAGGUGCUGGCCAAGUUGGAGGAGAAUGCUCCCGAUCAAAUUGAAAUUUUCAAGACCAACAUGAAUAAGGUAAUGAAGGAAAUCCUUGGCCGCUUCAAAGACUUGCAGUUCUACACUGGCGAAUCAAUGGACUGCGAUGGUAUGGUAGCCAUGUGUGAAUACCGUGAAAUCGACGGCACCAGCACACCCGUGCUCAUGUUCUUCAAGCAUGGACUCGACGAAGAGAAGUGUUAAAAAAUAGAUACCUAAAACGAAAACCACACCACAUAUACAUUAAUACUAAUUAUAUUUUGUUUAGUAAAUACCAAUUAGUUGCAAUUGUAAUGAUUCAUUUGUCAUAUUCGUUUUGUUCGGACACGAAUUUAGUAUUGUGUCACUUGGAACUUGCUGCUACAUAUAUAUUUGGUCAAACUUUGAAUACUAUAAACCGUUCAACCGUAAUGCUAAUCAUUAUAGUAAAAAAUUAUGUAUUUUAAUUUUUAUACAAAAUGUGAAGAACACUUCUCUCCAUAUAUGCUAAUCAACUAGCUUGUUCUGCUACGCGAGUUAUCAAAUGCAGUGAUGACAGCCUAGUAAAUAAUGAAAGAACUCUAUUUGCAGCGUACAUACUCGAGUACUUUUUAUAUAUAUAAAUUUUUUGGUAUUUGUCUUUUAAUUUGUUUAAGUAAGAAAAAG